AUGUUGAUUAAUAACGUUGAUUUUUAUAACUCUCAACACAAGUUUAUAGAAAUGCUCGGAUUAGGCAGCAUGAUAUUAGGCACAUUUAUUGGACACGUCCUCAUUCUCGAAAGAAUAUUAGCUACUGUUUUUGUGUCAAAAUAUGAAAAUAAUAAAAAGCCUUAUUUUAGUAUUUUUUGUUUUAUUAUUGUGACUUUUCUUUCGUUCCAAAAUGCAUAUCAACAAACUUAUGGGGAUUGUAUUCUCGAUGUAACCCUUGGAACGUUUAUUACUUUUUGUGGAACUUUGAGUUUGGGAUUAAUUGAAAUUGCUUUAAUUGGAUACAUUGGGUAUUACAAUAAUACAAAAUACAAAUUAAGAAAAUUUCUUUAUUUCAAACACAGUCUUACUGAAAGAUACCAGGCUAAAUAUUUUCUGUUAAAUUUAAGUUUAAUUUAA